UUGGGAUGUUCCUUGGAUAUCUCGAGAUGAGGGCUCUUAAAUGUCUGCAGAGUUAGGGUUAUCCCUGAAGACCUAGAGAUGUGAACUUGAGCUGCUGGGAUUUAAGCUUUUGGGGUGCAGUGGAUAUUGGGGUUCGGAGAGAGCCUUUUGUUCUAGAAUUUUGGUUUUGAGACAAGGUCUCAUGUAUAUCUGUUUGGCCUCCAACUUCUGCCCCUCCUGUUUCUACUUUUGUGCUGGUGUGACAGAAGACAGCCAGAGCCUGUUUUAUGCAGAACUGGAGAUGGACCGCAGGGCUUCCUGCGCGAGGCAAGCGCUGUCCUCUGAGCCACUUAGCCAGCUGGAGCCUGAGAUGUUUCCUUGUUUAUCUUGAGAUAGUCUCACUGUAUCUGAGGCAUUCAGUCCUCAGACUCAGUGAUUUUCCUGCAUCAUCCUCUGAUAUGCUGGGAUUACAACUGAGUCACCAGGCCAGUCUCUAUGUCUUUAAACGCCUUUUGGAAUUGAGGAAUCUUUUUCUAUCCUUGAGCUAGAAAAGUGGCAACCCCCUGCCUCCGUCUUCCAAGUGUUGGGGAUUUACAGGGCGGCAGAAUGGAAAGUGAGGACCCAGGAGGUCUGGUUAAGGUGAUCCACUUGCUGGUCCUGUCUGGUGCCUGGGGCAUGCAGUUGUGGGUGACCUUCGCCUCAGGCUUCCUGCUUUUUCGGAGCCUCCCGCGGCACACGUUCGGACUCGUGCAGAGCAAGCUCUUCCCGGUCUAUUUUCACGUCUCCUUGGGCUGUGCGUUCAUCAACCUCUGCAUUCUGGCACCGCAGCGAGCCUGGAUUAACCUCACACUGUGGGAAGUCAGUCAGCUUACCCUACUGCUUCUGAGCCUCACACUGGCCACCAUCAAUGCCCGCUGGCUGGAGGCUCGCACCACGGCCGCCAUGUGGGCCCUACAGAGUAUAGAGAAAGAGCGAGGCCUGGGGACAGAGGUGCCUGGCAGCCUCCAGGGGCCUGACCCCUACCGCCAGCUGCGGGAGAAGGACCCCAAGUACAGUGCUCUGCGCCAGAAAUUCUUCCACUACCACGGCCUGUCUUCCCUCUGCAACCUGGGGUGCCUGGUGAGCAACGGGCUCUGCCUCGCGGCCCUCGCCCUGGGGCUCAGGGGCCUCUAACAUGGGCCCCAUGUGUCAAUAAAUGCUUCUUUGGA